AUGUCCUUGCUGCAUAUUCCCGGAAAAAUCUUUGCCUGCACCCACCUCAACAAUUACCUAGAACAGGGUCUUCUGUCGAAAAGCAAGUGCGGCUUACGCCGUCAUAGUGAAAUCACCGGCAUGAUCUUCGCCGCCCGUCAGGAGAAGGGCCAGGAGAUGCGGACACACCUGUAUUUUACCUUCGUUGACCUAACAAAGGCCUUCGACACGGUGAAUCGUGAAGGACUGUGGAAGAUCGUGCGGAAAUUCGGCUAUCCCGAACGACUCCCUCAGAUGGUACGCCAACUCCACGACGGCAUGGUGGCGCGAGACACGGACAACAGAGCUGUCUCAGGGGAAUUAGCAGUGGCCAACGGAGUGAAACAGAGACACGUCCUGGCGCCCACCCUCUUCAGUCUCAUGUUCUCUUCCAUGCUGAUGGACGCCUACUGUAACGAACUUCCCCGGAUUCGCAUCGCCUACCGGACGGGCGGUCACCUCCUCAAUCAACGGCGGAUGUACUUCCAAUCACGAGUAUCCCCAACCGCUGUCCACGAACUUCUCUUCGCCGACGACUGCGCCCUCAACACCCCCUCGUAA